AUGGGUCUAGGUCGCCGCUAUUUUCGGUUCUUCAAGUUUAUCGACUACUUUGAGAAUGCAUGGGCAGCAUAUACUUUGAAUGACAGUGCCCCGGGUCACCGGCGAGGGUCAAUUGCGUCAACCCUCGAGUUCAGCAAAUGGAGUCUUCUCGGCGUAUACCUCUUGCUAGAAGGCGUAACGAUCUUGGAUGCGCUGGGCGUUCAAAGAACGUCAUGGGGUGAUAGAGCUUUGCUUGAGAGUAACAAGUUCUGGCUAUAUGCCCUCGUUUUCUCACUCCUGAGCACCUUGUGGCAGUUGGCCCAGCUACGCCAGGCUCCAAGGGCACCAUCAUCAAUCCAGAAGAAGGAAAAGGGCCCCAAUGCAAAGAAUAAUGCAGAUGGCUUGGAAAAGGCACCAUCCGCCGAGAAGCAGACAGUCAGCAGCGCUGAGUUUAUCAUCAUCUACCAAGCUUUGGUCAAGGACCUUAUUAUUACUGUCUGCGACAUCUGCAUUCCUGGACACAUUCUUGGUUGGAUUCCGAUAUCUGCCUCAACGAUGGGCAGCGCCGCGGUGCUGAGUACGCUACUUGUUGGACGAGACCGUUGGGUCCAGACCCGGGGGGUUGCCGGUAGUUAA